GCGUCCAUCAUGUGGCUUUUGAUUUUCUUGGCCUUGCCGCUGAUGUGGGCUGCGGGGACCUACUGGUACCUGUUUGGCAAAAAGAGCCCAUUUUCCCUGGAGUCUGUAAGACCGCCUGGCCCUCGGGAGUUUGAUCAGAAGAAGAGGGACCGAGUCAUUAAGCAAGGUUUCAGCGUGGACAAGGUCCCGGAGAACCUGGACGUGAUCGUGAUCGGCAGCGGGAUCGGGGGCCUGACGGUCGCCGCCACACUGGCCAAGGCGGGCCGUAAGGUGCUGCUCCUGGAGCAGCACGACCAGGCCGGGGGCUGCUGCCACACCUACGUGGAGAAGGGCUUCGAGUUCGAUGUCGGGCUUCACUACAUCGGGCAGCUCCACGAGAACAGCCUGCUCCGCAUCGCCUUCGACCAGAUCAGUGAGGGCCAGCUGGAGUUCCAGGAGCUGGACCAGCACUUUGACACCAUCCUGAUCGGCCAGGGCGACGAGAAGCGCGAGUACACCAUCUUCACCGGCAAGACGGAGAUGGAGGCCCAUCUGAAGAAGCAGUUCCCAGACGACACGUCCGCCAUAACAGAGUUCUUCAAAAUCAUGAAGAUCUCUGCUAAGAAGACCCACUACCUGGCCACGCUGAAGCUCAUCCCACAGUGGUUGUCCCUGUUCCUGCUGAAGACUGGCAUCGCCCACUUCAUGUCCCCCAUCUUUGACCUCACUGGGACCUGUGCCACCGACGUGGUGAACACACUGACCAGCAACAAGGACCUCCAUGUUAUCUUCUCAUACCUUUUCUAUGGCGUUCCUCCGAAGGACUCCAGCAUCGUCAUCAACGCCCUGCUUAUCCACCACUACAAGCGAGGCGCCUAUUACCCGAAAGGGGGCGCCAGUGAGAUCGCUUUCCACAUCAUCCGCACCAUCCAGAAAUACGGAGGCAACUGCCUGGUCCGGGCACCCGUCACUCAAGUCCUGGUUAACAAGAAGGGAGAGGCUUAUGGUGUGAAAGUGAGGAAGGGCCAAGAGGAGCACGAGGUGCACGCACCUGUGGUCAUCUCCAACUGCGGCAUCUUCACCACCUUCCAGAAGCUUCUGCCUCCCGAGAUCCAAAUCAAGCCAGAUAUCCAGGAGCGCCUCAACAUGAUGAAACACGGCAGGGGGUCGUUUCUAGUUUUCUCCGGCUUUGAUGGGACCGCCGAGGAGCUGGGUCUCGUGUCCACCAACUUCUGGUUGUUCAAGAACAACGACAUGGACAGAUCGAUGGAGGAAUUCUUCGCUCUUGGCAAGGAUGACGCUCCUGAGAACAUUCCCAUGAUGUUCAUCACAAUGCCAUCAGCCAAAGACCCUGAGGCCAAGAUCAGAAACCCAGGGAAGUCCUGCAUGACCAUCCUGACCAUGGCCAAGUACGAGUGGUUUGAGGAGUGGUCGGACACCACGGUGCGUAAGAGAGGAGACGAGUACCACCAGUACAAGAUGAGGUUCGCCAACAAGCUCUUCGAAUGGGCCUGCACCAUAUUCCCCAAGAUCAAAGACAAGCUGGUGUUCCAGGAAGUGGCCACCCCCCUGACCAACAUGCACUACCUGGGCUCCCAGCGGGGGGCCAUGUACUCCGCUGAGCACAACCUGGACCGCUUCGGGGCCGAGGCCGUGGCCCGCAACCGCUGCGACACCCCCGUCAAGAACCUCUACAUCUCAGGCCAGGACGUGUUCAGCUGUGGGAUAGCUGGCGCGUUGCACGGAGGACUCCUCUGCGCCGCCACAGUGCUGGACCACAUCAUCUACAUCGACCUGCUGCUCAUGAAGAAGAAGCUGAAGAGGAGGAAGGCCAAGGAGCUGGCCCAACUGGCCAAGAAGAAGCUGCAGUGA